AUGCUCGGGCCCCCAGAAGUUGUUGUUGUUCAAGCCCACCUUAUCCUGACGCUGUAUGAAUGGGGUGUGAGAGAUUUCCAAAAAGCCUGGGUGCACUGUGGCAUCGGCAUUAGAAUCAUGCAAUCUCUGCAUAGCGCUCGAACAGCCCCGUUUUCUCUUGAUGAGACUAUCAACGUUGAGAAGCCCGACGAGCUGUCCCAGAUCGUUGAAACUGCAACCUACUGGGCUUGCUUCAUAUUAGACUGCACAAUCAACUCAGGAACGUACAACCCUCGUAUGCUAUCUAUGGCCGAAAUGAUCAAGCUCCAAGUUCCUCGAGCGCCACCCGCCAGCGGGUUUCUAUUCGGAUUCAAGCAGAAGCCUAUGACCGACCGAAGCUUGCCCCUGGGUAUAGAAGAGUGUUACGAGGUCCUCGUUGACGGGUUCGCAAUCUAUGCAGACGUCAUGACAUUCGUGUACAAUGAUGGACGGAAAGCGCCCGGGAUGUGUGCGCCCGCAGAGUGCCCCUGGAUGCCAGAUUCAAAAUGGGCGAAGUGUCGGCAAUCCCUGGAAAGAUGGCGAAGUAAUAUGGACUCUUGUCUGUAUUACCCAAAACACAGUGUCGCAUCGCAUGCGAAUACCGGCUGCCGAGCAUUUGUCUACAUCAACCUGCUCUAUUAUCAUUGCGUCCUGAUGCUCAAUAGGGAAUACUUCCCUUUCCUGCCAAAACCGCAUGCGGGACCGCAAGGCCCUACAGAUCCCCCGUUUCUCGAAGCUGAGGCACCACCGCGUUACUGGGAAAACAGUGCUAAGGAGCUCUUCGAAGCAGCAGCGCAUGUGGCGACUAUUCUGUGUGACGCUCUUGAGUGGGGCAUGACAAUGAUGACUCCCGUGCCUGGCUUCUGUGGCUUCUCAGCCUGUUAUCUAAAUCUUUACGCUUUUCAUUUUCCCAAUAUGACAGCCGGAUAUAGCCCAAAAGCUAAAGAACAUCUGGACAUGGGUCUUGCAUAUCUUAAGGAGUUUCGAAAGGCUUGGGAUCUCGGGGAGGGUUGGAUCCAAACUAUUCAAAACGCCUCCACAUUGUUUGAGCAGGUGAACUCAAAUGUUGAUAGAUAUCGCCACAGAUCACGCCUGGACUUUGAAGUCCUGCAUCAAUCGGCUCACGAGUUCAGGACGGUCGACAGGUCAGAACAACACAUGGCCAUCAUUCGUGGGGCCGAACAGGGAGACGGGCAGUCCAUGAACGCUGGCGAAGAUAACCACGACGCUCUUCGUGACUCAGAAGACCUUGAAAACUUUGAUCCUGUAGCUUUGUUGGGGGAUCAAGCGUUGUGGCCUACUUGGUACUCUGCUCCAUUGGAGAACGAACUUUUUGGAAGCGUUACAGUCCAGAUUCCUUGA